CCCUGAGCAAAGACACGAAGCGCCCCUCCCUCCGCGCGCCCCGCUGAUUCACAGGCGAGCACAGCCACCCACUCGUCCACUCCGCGGUAACGCAGCGGAGACCCCAACCAUCGCCGAACAGAGAAAGAUGGCAGAGCGGCAACAGCAGAAGCACGAAGGCAGGGUGAAGAUCGGCCAUUACAUCCUCGGUGACACACUUGGAGUGGGGACUUUCGGCAAAGUAAAGAUCGGAGAGCACCAGUUGACGGGGCAUAAAGUGGCCGUGAAGAUCCUGAACAGGCAGAAGAUCCGCAGCCUGGAUGUGGUGGGCAAAAUCAAACGGGAGAUUCAAAAUUUGAAACUAUUCAGGCAUCCACACAUCAUUAAGCUAUACCAAGUGAUAAGCACGCCAACAGAUUUCUUCAUGGUCAUGGAAUAUGUGUCUGGUGGAGAGCUUUUUGACUACAUCUGUAAACAUGGACGGGUAAGGCUUGAUUGAUUUCUUCACAGGAAGGACAUUUUAGGUGGAAUUAAAAUCUGAGCCAAACGCCGCCUUUUUCAGCAGAUUAGUUCGGCCGUGGACUAUUGCCACAGACACAUGGUGGUCCACAGAGACCUCAAGCCCGAGAACGUUCUCCUGGAUGCUAGCAAGAACGCCAAGAUCGCCGACUUUGGCCUGUCGAACAUGAUGUCCGACGGUGAGUUCCUGAGGACGAGCUGUGGUUCGCCCAACUAUGCCGCCCCGGAGGUCAUCUCGGGAAGGCUAUAUGCAGGCCCAGAGGUGGACAUCUGGAGCUGCGGCGUGAUCCUGUACGCCCUGCUGUGCGGCACUCUGCCCUUCGAUGACGAGCACGUGCCCACGCUGUUCAAGAAGAUCCGAGGGGGCGUGUUCUACAUCCCAGAGUACCUGACGCGCUCGGUGGCCUCGCUGCUGAUGCACAUGCUGCAGGUGGACCCGCUGAAGAGGGCCACCAUCAAGGACAUCAGGGAGCACGAGUGGUUCAAACAGGAUCUGCCAGGCUACCUGUUUCCCGAGGAUCCAUCGUAUGACACCACCGUCUUGGACGAGGAGGCCGUCAAAGAAGUGUGCGAUAAGUUUGAAUGCAACGAGUCCGAGGUGGUCUCCAGCCUCUUCAGCGGCGACCCUCAGGACCAGCUUGCAGUGGCCUAUCACCUCAUCAUCGACAACCGGCGCAUCAUGACACAGGCCAGCGAGUUCUACCUGGCCUCCAGUCCGCCGCAAGGCUCCUUCAUCGAAGAGGGCAUGCCGCUGCCACCGGGGGUUAAGCCGCACCCGGAGCGGAUGCCGCCGCUGCUGGCCGACAGUCCCAAGGCACGUUGCCCGCUGGACGCCCUCAACACCACCCGACCCAAGCCGCUCGCCGUCAAGAAGGCCAAGUGGCACCUGGGCAUCCGGAGCCAGAGCCGGCCGUAUGACAUCAUGGCGGAGGUUUACAGGGCCAUGAAGCACCUGGGCUUUGACUGGAAGGUGGUGAACCCGUAUCAUCUGCGAGUGCGCAGGAAAAACCCAGUGACGGGCAACCUGGUGAAAAUGAGCCUGCAGCUCUACCAGGUGGACAACAGAUCCUACCUCCUCGACUUCAAGAGCAUCGACGAUGACAUAGUCGAGGCUGCAGGCUUCAAGUCAGGGUCCUCCACCCCUCAGCGGUCUGGCUCGACGGCUGGCCUGUACCGGCCACGCCUCAGCAUCGACUCGGCUAGCCACGUAGCAGAAAUGCCUCAGCUCAGCUCGUCCCUGCCGGGCUCGCUGUGUGGCAGCUCGCCGACGCUCACCCCACGCCAGGGCUCGCACACCAUGGACUUCUUUGAGAUGUGCGCCAGUCUGAUCACCACGCUGGCGCGCUGAGAGGAGUGACGCCAGGAAAGCGUCAAGAAGAAGGAGGAAGACAAUCAGUCUUGGCGUCAUCAUCAACUUGAAAGUGGGACAGGACGUGAAAGGGGGCGGCAGCAAAUCUUCACCUGACAAGUUGCAAAGGUUAAAAAAAAAAAAAGACUACCCCACUAUCGCUGCUGGAAUAUCACCGCCUACCGUAACACUUCGUCCUGACGCUGAUCAGAGGUCAGUUGUGAGUCUCGCGGGAGCACGUAGAUGAUUCCAUUCUGGAUCUAGAUGGAAAAGGCUGUUGUCCGUGUACAUUAUAUUUAUCUCACAGUCACAUGAUGUAGCUGAACGAGGAAAAUCACUUUAUAGAUUAUUAUGAUGAUGAUUAUUGUUCAGAUUGCUACUUAUUUUGUGGAGAGAGAUUAUUUUUAGGCAUUGCAUUAUUUGAAAGCUUUUUAUGAUCAUUGGAAAGGAUAGUGAACCUCACAUCAUAGCGGGACAAUAGAAUGUUCUGCUUGGUACUGACCAGUGAUGCAUUUAUGACAGCACAGACCCACUCCAUCUCGUUGACCUUUUGUAUCGCAACAAUAUAACGGACUAGCAGAACCUCCGAAGCCAUCCUUUAACUUUGACAAACUGAACAAGCAAUGUUUUAAGUAACAUUCAACCAUUUGGGAUUGACAAAUGACGAGCAGCCCUUCUUUCACAGUAACUCGCCCACGUAUAAAAUCAAGUUAAAUGGAAAGUAGAGAGCACCCCUACUAUUCACGGGCUAAAAAUUUGCGAUUAACUGUCACUGCCUCCUUAAUAAGAGGUUUAUAAUUGUCAUUACUUGGCACCAUGAUGCCACAAGAUGGUGGCAAAGUAAUAUAUGAAGCUCCUUCAUUAUUCAUCGGAAUAGGUCGUUGACGACAAAGCAGCGUGGAUCGGAGCAGAACCCCCCCCCCCCCCACACUGUGAAAAUGGGGCUCACUGUAGUCUCAGAGUAAAAUAUAAAUAGCCGCACGCUAAUAUUAAGUAACAAUAAAACACUUCAGAAGAAGUUCAGAAUAAUGUUAUUUAACUGGCACACAGGUGUAAAAUAAAAUCAAAGUUGUGUAAAACGCGAAAUUAUGACAACCUAGAAUCCAGUAUUCGGAAACAAUAACACGAGAGUGAUGAAUGAGGAGAAAUGUUUUAAAAUCAAAUACCAUUUAAACGUCGCUAGCUAUAGGCUACCAUUUUCAAACAAAGCACUCUUGAAUGAAGAAUGAGGAGCAUGUCAUUCUUUAACUAGCACACAAAUAUGAAAUCCAAGUUUUAAAAACUAAGACAUCUAUUUAGAGACGAUAAAACACUUACUUGAACUGCAACUAUCUCACAAGUGUAAAAACUAAAUGGUAUAAAACGCUAUCACAUAACUAGCAAGAAGCUCACAUAGCAGGUGACCUACAGCGUCAUUCAGCACACUACUUCAUGCCAGAUAAUCUUGUCUUAUUUGUGUCCAGAGUUAUCCUUCCCAUCUGGCUGAAUUUAGGUCAAAAUGUGUACAAUAUUUCAAGCUGCUCAUAACAAUGUGCACAAGAUUGCAGACACACGAUUAGUUGAGUAAUGGCUGAUCGCCCGUGGAAACAGACAGGACGCGCGUGGCGAUCUGUAAAUUUGAUGAAAAGACAGGCGAUGGUUCUGGCGUCAAAGGUAAAGCGAACGAGCAGAAUCAUGAAUGCUGAACCGGGAAUAUGCGGGGCUUCGCUGUAAGUAACUUUAAAAGAAGCACUGUGAGAUGGUGUGUAUCUGUGCACGCCAUACAAAACUUUUCCAGCUGCCUUAAACAAAUGCAAACGACUACUUAUAUAUGCUGUGUGUGUGUGUGACUACGUUAUUUUAGGAAUGUAAAACUAUGGAGGAAAGUCUGUUAAAGUUGAAUCAUCCUCUUAUGUUCGAUAGUGCACUGUUGCCUUUCUGCUGUUUUAGUUGUUUCUUACAAACACUAGUCACGGGUCAGUGUGGCCGGCUUCACACUUAAUCCUCCCCAAAAUAUGCGCAUUAUUUUGGAAAAAGAAAAGGAACAAAACAGGGCCAAGAGAACAAGUUUAAUCAUAAAACUUUUUUUUUUUUUUAAAGAUUCUUAAACGAGUCAGUUUGACCCACAACAUAAUACACCAUUACUAAUCGGUUCUGUAUUUAACAUUAGAUAAUACUUAACCAUAAAUGUGUAUUUUUAAAAUCGCUCUCGAGUUUAUUACAUUUUUUUUAAAUGUAUUUUAAAACAGGUGAAAUUGGACUGCAAGAUAACAAAAGGGUUAAACAAAGAGAGGUCAGUAAAAUCAGGCUAACUCAGUCUACUGCUGGUAUUAAUUUAUUCGUUUAAAUCAUAACUCAAGGGUAGGUAGUGAUGAACCAAAAUCUGUGUGUAAAUGAAAAUGCAUUUGCAGGAGUUCAAGUUUCAAGCAACAGGUGGCACCAUAACAUCAUUUUAGCCAACUACGAUCCUAAAUGAAAUUGUAUUUGGAAAAGGCAAUGAACCUUUAAGUAAAUAGUAAUACAAUUAUGUUUUUCCUUCAUGGCCUAUUUAUUACUUAUAUCAUAACUUCUGAAUAUCACACACACACAAUAUACACACAUUAUAUAUAUUAUUGUUAUUUGUAAAGUCAUAUCUAUAAAAGUAACUGAAAUGUAUCAUUCGCUUAAAAUUCCUCCUUUUCUCGUAUUGACGUUGGAAUAAAAAAAGUCAUACUUUUCCUCAUUAAUCUCAGAAAGUAACUUUUUUUUCGUAAUUAUGACUUUUUGUCCUCUAGUUUCCUGUCCAGUGGUCCCUUUUUUAAGAUUUAAUUUUCUGAUACGAACACUAGAUGGUAGCAAAGGACUCAACUCACUUCACAAUUUACCGGAGUUUGCCACAUAGUGACUAAUUCUCAAAAAAGAGUACCAGUUGUUUAAUGCCACUGAAAGUAUCAACGUCGCAGUGGUAGAGCCCUGAUAUCUAAUCACAAAUGGUGUUGAAACACAUGUAGACAGACAAUAUAACAACCUUGACAGGCCUAAAUUCUUUAUCCUCUGCAA